UCCAAUCAUUCCUUUUUGCCGGGAAAAUCCCUAACCGAUCAUCAAUCGGGAGGGUUACUGUAUAUCUCAAGAUGAUGAACUGAGUGCUCUUUCUAUUACCUUCGUCAGUGCCAUGAAAACUUCAGGAAGAAGCUUCGUCAUCGCAAAGCAAUUCAACAGUAGCAAUUCGAGCUAAGACAGUAGUCUAGUUAAUUCUCUUUUUUUUUGACAAUGUCAUCUUCAGUAUUCAACAACAACAACGUUUCGAUCACCGUCUCAGAUGACGACUCGGACGAACUCGGUCGCAAGCGAGUCCGAGUCCGUCGAAAACGCAAGAAAAAUCAAAACUACUUAAUCAAAAAUCACGAAUUAGCUCAUCGUGCUCUCAGAUUUCUAUUAAGGUACUGGAUGCUUCUUAUUCUCUUCGCCGCUAUUAGUUUACUCUUAUUUGAAGCCUCUAGAAUAGGUAAACGACCACGUUUUGAUGUAAAACCUGAGCAUAACGGUAAAAUUGGGGAUCUAGAAGUUCAGCCGAAGACAUUAGACCGACUUGAUCCGCCGCGUUGCUUGAAGCUAUUACCUGACGAAGAACUACUACAUUUGGAUUUUCCGAUGCGCGAUGAAUUGAAUACUGCUGUUAAAAGUGUGGUAUACUUAUCGGAGAAUGACGCGCAGCAACAACGCGGAGGGAAUAGUAGUAGUACCCUCCCUCGACUGCGCACUGAGGGUACACGGUUUAAUUUAUUUACUGGAGAUCAAACCUUUGACCAGAGAGAGAAAAGUUUUAAGGUGCAUGACACUACUGAAGUACAUUGUGGUUUCUAUAGUGAAAAUGGGGGUUUCAAAAUUUUGGAUGAGGACAAGAGUUUUAUGAAAACCUGCAAAGCUGUGGUGUCUACUUGUGCAUUUGGUGGUGGAGAUGAUCUUUAUCAACCUAUUGGAAUGUCAGAUACAUCACUUCAAAAGGUUUGCUAUGUUGCAUUUUGGGAUGAGAUCACUCUAGCUGCUCAGGAUUUAAAGGGUCAUAGAGCCGGUGAGGAUCGUUUUAUCGGAAAAUGGAGAAUUGUGAUUGUGAGAGAUCUUCCUUUUGCAGACCAAAGGUUAAAUGGUAAAAUUCCAAAGAUGCUGGGACAUCGGCUGUUUCCCAAUGCCAAGUACUCCAUUUGGGUAGACUCAAAAUCUCAAUUUAGAAGGGAUCCACUAGGUGUUUUAGAAGCCCUUCUGUGGCGUCCAAAUUCUGUAUUAGCAAUUUCAUUACACGGAGCUCGUAGCAAUGUAUAUGAGGAAGCUAUAGCUGUUGUGAAGAAACACAAAGCUGCCCCAGAAGAAGUUGAGCUGCAGCUGUCUCAAUAUCGACGGGACGGCUUGCCUGCCGAUAAGAGAUACAAUGGAAAGAAGGCUUUAAAUGAAGCUUCAGUCAUUGUGAGGGAGCAUACGCCACUAAGUAAUUUGUUCAUGUGUCUCUGGUUUAAUGAAGUGGUACGCUUCACUUCUCGAGAUCAAUUGAGUUUUCCCUACGUGCUUUGGCGACUUAAAGUUCUCAAGGAUAUUAAUAUGUUCCCUGUUUGCAUCCGAAAAGAUCUUGUUAAUAGCAUGGGACACAUACGCAAGGCUAAGCCGUUGGUAAGUUGAUUGUUGGUGCUGUAGUACUGCAUUCGCUUUUACCAGGUAGCAAACUGUUGGAUGAAUUGUUAGGUUCAGAAUAUGAAUAUCUUUUCCCUUAUUCCUUUUUCGCUUUACCAUUUUCAUUUUACAACUUUAGUUUAGUCUUUAGUCAUGAACUUGUAAAUGGCUAGCGGAGAUCUUGUAUUUAUGAGUAUAUUCGAGAGCAAAUGAGUUUAUGUAACAGCAUAAUCACGGAUGGUACCAAAAACGAAUCAUAUCUCGCUUGAGUUUAAAUUUUUGUUCA